UGUCGGUUCGCCGAGCGAUUGUGUCAGCUCCAGCUGGUUCUUUCAUCUUUCCAUCUUUCUUUUUUGACGUGACCAGCGAGAAAAAUGGUGAAGGUUAAGUGCUCCGAGCUGAGGACCAAGGACAAGAAGGACCUUACCAAGCAGUUGGAUGAGCUGAAGAAUGAACUGCUCAGCCUGCGCGUGGCCAAGGUGACCGGCGGAGCUCCCUCGAAGCUCUCCAAGAUCCGCGUUGUGCGCAAGGCCAUCGCACGCGUCUACAUCGUGAUGCACCAGAAGCAGAAGGAGAACCUGCGCAAGGUCUUCAAGAACAAGAAGUACAAGCCCCUCGAUCUGCGUAAGAAGAAGACCCGCGCCAUCCGCAAGGCCCUCUCGCCCCGGGACGCCAACCGCAAGACCCUCAAGGAGAUCCGCAAGCGCUCCGUCUUCCCCCAGCGCAAGUUCGCCGUCAAGGCCUAGAAGCGUCCUCCUCUCUAGUGUGCGUUAAGGCUUCUUCGGUCCAUGAAGAAAAAAACAAAUAAAACCUUUUUUUUAAAGUGAAAA